AUGCCCCUCGUGGCGGCCAAGACCUCGGUCCUCUUGCCGCUGUACGAGUACAGCGAGGACUGCUGGCCCGAGCUGCAGACUGCCGCCUCGCAAAACCCGACGCUCGACUUUGUCCUCAUCCUCAACCCGGACUCGGGCCCACUGUCGGACCCGACCAACGCGGCGCUCGCGUGCGUCCCCAAGCUGCGCGCGCUCCUCCCCGGCUCGACCCUCGUCGGGUACGUCCGCACCGGGUACGGCGAACGCGGCGCGGACGAGGUGAGGCGCGACGUCGACGAGUACGCCGGGUGGGACGGGAUCGAGGUCGAGGGGGGACUGGGCACGGCCAAGCUCGAUGGGGUCUUUUUUGACGAGGUCGAGGGUGGUGAGGGCAACGAGGAGCUGUAUCGAGGGCAUGCAGAGGGCGCGAGAGAGGCGUUUGGGCAGGAGGGCACCGUCGUCUUCAACCCUGGUACGACGGUGGGCGACGCCUACUACGCCAUGGCCAACGUCGUCGUCGCGUACGAGAGCGCCUUUGCCGACUACUCCGACUCUCUCCUCCCACCUCGGUCCCUCCUCCCGCAAGCCGCCAUCAUGCUGCACGACUUUUCCCUCGCGUCCUACACCUCGACCGUCGCCGCCCUCGGCGCGCCCGCGCUCGGCAGCAUCUUCAUCACCGACGCCAAGAUUGACGACGUCGACGUGUAUCAGACGUGGGGCGGUGGGUGGUACGACUUUUGUCGCGCCGUUGCGGGCGCGAACGAGGGGAGCGGGGGCGAGGAAGGGGAGGAGGGCGAGAAGGGCGGGGUGAGCGCGUCGGGCGGGUCGGGCAGCUCGACGGCUCGGCGCGAGUCGGCGGCGACGUCGACGACCGCGAGCGAGGCAGCGCAGGCGUCGCCCGAGUACGACGACGGCGCGUCCUCGUCGACGACCCCUCUCGGCCCGACCUCGUCGCCCGUCGCGACCGGCUCGACAGGCAGCCUGCCCGCUCCCAUCGUCGCCUCCGACUCGAGCUCGAGCUGGCUCCCGAGCUGGUUCGACGACUUGUCGUCGAGCGCGGGUGGGCGCGUCGAGCCUUGGGGGUUCUUGCGGCGGAGGUGAGCGGGUCAGGCGGUCUAUCUCUCUCUUUCUCUCGGCCCUCACAGGAGGACCGUAAUGCAGUCGUCUUUC